ACCCUCCGCCCUCCACCAUCAUCUGAUAGCUUUCUGUCGAUUACCUCCUCAAUUUUCUCUUUAAUAUAGUUUUAUCGCCAAAAACUUCCUGUCCAAUCUCUAAACGGAAACUCGAUGAAUCAUUCUUUGGCUGCAAUUCACUUUUACCAUCAAUUAAGCCUAUUUUCGCCCACACGCACAAUGAAAACUAGGGCCAAAUGUUUUAAAGUAUCGAUGACGACCACUUUCCUCUCUUUCCUGUACAGCGAGCAUCUUGACCCGAGGUCAGCCACGUUAAAGGGAGAUAGUCGCAAUGCGGCAGAGUUAUCUCUAGCAUGGACUAACAUUAUUUUGUGUUGGCGAUGGUCAUAGGUCUGCUCGCGUCGUGUUUCUUCAGAAACCAGAGAUGACGACCAGUGUUUCAGCAGAUCAGACAAGAAAAUUUCACAGAUGACUUGUCGGUGCAAUGGAGUCAAGCAUCAGGCUCCAGAGUCGACUGAUCUUUUGUGUUCUUGCUGCUGGACUCCUGUAUUUCAUCUUCUGCUUGUACUAUGCAGCUAGACGGCUAAACACUGACGAGUGGAAUAGACGGCCUGCCCGGUUCUCACCACAUCUAUGGAUUGACGAUCCAGACCUGGAAAAAAUUCAUGCACGCAUGGAGCACCUGUCGCACACAUUGUCAUCAGAGGUCACAAUCAUCACUGCAUAUUUUGACAUUGGAUCACUAAAUAAAGGAGGAGUGUUUGGCAAGUACACUCCAGAACGUUACAAGCAAUGGAUGUCCGUCUUUGGAAGAAUUGAUAAUCCUCUCAUAGUGUUUACAGACUCUGAAGAAGUUAUGAGUAUUUUUAAAAGUAUUAGGAAGCACUUUCCUGCAAACAGAACGCAAAUAUCUAUUGUGCAACGAGAAAAUUUGUGGGCUUUCAAGCUGGCACCAGAAAUUAAGAGUGUGUUUUCCCAACCAGGAUACCCUCAGCAUGAUCCAAACACAGUCCAUGAAAACUAUUCAUGUGUGAUGCAUGCAAAAUUUGAGCUGGUUAAUUAUGUCAUUAAAAACUCACUCUUCCACACCAAAUAUAUUGCCUGGCUAGAUAUUGGAUUAUUUCGUGCAGUUGUCCAUGAAAAGCACAUCUUUCCGUUGGUUGUUCCUUCGGACUUUAAUCCAGACAAAGUAGCCUACAGUGAGCAAAAAGAGUUUGAUUCUACGUUGACCCCAUUCGAGAUCAUUUCAGAGAAUCUGGUGUGGGUUGGUGGUGCUAUGUUUCUGGGUCGACCUGAAGUGCUUUAUGUGUACACACACGAUUACAUCAAUGCAGUGAAAAAACUUCUGAACAUGAAGAUUAUGAGUACUGACCAGCAGGUGAUCUACAUCAUGUAUCAGCCCAGUUUUAACUUUCAACCUCGUGUUGAGAUCCAAGUCUACACAACUCACAGCGAAGAUGAUUGGUUUUACCUGGGAUACAUCAUUAAAGAUGCUUGGGACAUUGGUCUUCGAGGAGCUGAACCUGUUGUUAAAUUUCUCCACUCAUUACUUAACUGAAUCCUUGCAAAAUCUUUACUUUCCAUGAGCCUGUUUGCUUUUAUUUGCAUUUUUCAUUCUUUUUUCAGUUUCAUGCUUUUUAUUUUUUUUACAGGUAAGAAAAAUUUUGUUUACUUUGAAGGGAAAGAGGUUAUUUCUUUUGUUUGACCAUUAUUUAUUGAGUCAGAGUUUCUGAAGAAAAGGUGCUGAGGUAAUCAUUAAGCACUGUAAAAUGUUAUAACCUGUUUGGACCGAAUAUUGUCCAGGAAUGAUAUGAUUAUGAAAUAUCAAUAGAUUUGCUUUUAUAAUCAUGAAACCGAUCUUGUUUUCCUUCUUGGUUUUAUUUUUUCUUAAGGGAUGGUCCUGCAUUUUCUAUUAGUGAAGGUUGUGGAUAUCAAUGAUUUGUAUGGAGAAUAUUUUUAUAGCUGGAUUUUUUUUACUACAUUGGUCUUCCUUAGCUUUGAUUUCUCUUUCGUAGUAAUAUGAAUAUGUGGCUUAAAAAGCAUUUAAAUAUAAGGAUUAUUCUUGGUAAGUGAGUUUCUGUUAUAAAUCUCAAGAAACAUUUUGGAUAUGUACCAUCGACAGCUUUUUUUGGAGUUAUCAGACACUGCUGUCAGGGCCACUUCUGCUGAUGUAUCUAGGUUUUAAUUUAUGUAUCUCAACUUAAUUUUCUAUGUUUUCUCAUUUUUUUUUAAAUGCAUGUUUCCUUUAUCUCCUUGGAUCAAAGUAAAGGCUUAAUUCAGCAGCAGUAUUAAAAAUACCUUUCUAUAAUCAAAGAAACGAAACAAAAGAAAUAUGCUGAAGGUAAUGUCUGUUACAAAGAUUAAUAAUCAGUUGACAGAAGUGUUUUAAACAACUGUGGUUUUGAGAUUUAUGAAUUUUAAAAGGUUAAGUAGUUUCAUAAUGGAAACAGAAGUUUUCAGUUUACACAGAUACCAUGGAUGUAUAAUUAUUCGUGAUCAUGGCGUAAACUUUUCUUCAGGCUAGGAGAUUGUAAUUUUGCUUUACCAAAUGACUCUAACCACUUUAUAAAUAGGUGGGAUGAGAUUUGAAUUAUUCCAUUAUAAGGUUGAAUAUAUUUGUAAUGGAGUUUGCAAGAUGUGAAGAGCUCAGCUAUUUUAAUAGUCUUUGAGAGGCAUUUUUCUCUGAGAUGUUAUAAACAACCAUGGCAGGCUAACAUGAACCUAAGCAAAGGUUAGUAUCAGAAACAUUUUGAUUAUGGACUUCUUUCACUUUGACAUCUAAUAUUUAUUACUAUUACACUAAUUUUGUAGAUUAUGGCAAAGGCUAUAUAGAAUUAUAUAUUUACAUCAUUUCAUCCAGUUAAGGUGACAAAUUUGUACUUUUUCCGUUUUAAUUUUACAAAAGCAGAACUAAAAGAAAAUUCCUGGACAUUUGCUUGUUUUGCAUGCCCUGAAUUCUUAAGUCUUAUAUUUUAAUUGACAGCAUGCCCUAAAAGAUGUAUGCCAAAUCUAUUUUAACCUGUUAAGCAUUUUCUGGCAAAAGUCUACUGUAUUCCUUUUGUAUGCUUGGAUUCCACAGUGAAAUAGAAUUCCGUUUUAAAAACUGCUCUAAAGGCAUUUCUAUGAGUUCUGUACAGAAGGCAUUUCUUACAGUAUGCUUCACUCAGGUAACUUGUGUGAUCUGUAGACAUUCCUCAAGUAUGGUUUGAUUGCAUUCGUUGCUUACUGUUCCUAUGAACAUGACAGAAAUGUGUUCACUCAUGCUCAAAUAUGUAAAUUGUUUUCCUUUGUCUGCCAGCCACUACCUUGCUGCUUCUGUUUUAUGCGAAAACUUUGAGAUAUUUCUUUAGCUUUUCAAAUCCAUCACAGUUAUGCAGAAGCUUAAUGAGGCUUCUGAUAAUGUAAAAUUAAUCUGUGCAGUUGAUAAAUAUCGCAGAUGAAUCUGGUUCAACUUGGUCUUCCAGUAAUAUUAAAAUGUUAUGAGUUUGCUUCAAUUUUUCACUAUGAAAAGGAACAACUCUAAAAAAAUCUUUGUAGCAAUUAUUAGAUCAUUUUAGAGCAAUGGAAAUCCACAAAGCCUAUUUGCAGUUUUCAUCUUAGUUGAAAUAAUUUGCAAAGCAGUUUUUAACGAUAUUUUGCAGCUAAGCAAAUUAGUAUGAAAAUAGUACAUAUAAUGGCUCUUCAUAAUUUUUCUUAAUGUGUCCAUAUACUUGCAUGUACAUCUGUUUGUGAGAUCCGAAGAAACUUGUGUUAUAAUCAGUAUGAUGUGAAUAUAAUGUAUUAACCUAAAUUUUGUAAUUUUUAUUUUCACAGCGUGAAGCAAAAUGUGUUUAUUACAUUCAAGGCCUUUGGAACAUAAAUUAUAUGUUUGUGUAAAAACAAAGCGUGAACUUUUUUUGGUGUACUGUGGAAGAUAGGGAAAACAUAGAACACUAGUGCUGUAGGGCAGCCAACUGGUGAUCAAGUCUGUGAUUAUUUUAAGGUCUACUGUAUUUUGGCAUCUUAAAGUGAGGGUUAGAUUCUGACUUUGGUGUUUAAUAGAGCAUUUGUUACAAGGUUAUAUGAUAGCUUCUUUUAAAUGUUAAUUCAUGAGGAAAUUUAGAGGCAUCUGGUACAUCCUCAACAUUAGUUAUGGUUCUUUUUCUGGCAUGGUGUGUCAAUUUGCAUAGUACACAUAUACUUUUUGUUAUUAAUGGUACUUGUAGAAAUUUGUUUUGGAAACUAUUUUCAACAGGGGACAUGGCAUUACUAGGUAACUUUUUUAUUCGAGGUCUUUUAAUGUCCCAUUAAAGUUGUAUUAUAUAUAUAUCACUAUUCCAUUUUCAGAAUAGUGUAAUAGAGAAGUUUCAUGUAACCAUUGUCAUGGAAAUGAUCCAAAAUGGCCACACAAAGUCUAAAAUUUAAUGCAAUCAAGAUUGUGCUACCACGAACUUGUGUUACUGGACUCCUUGCAGACGUUUUUUUUCCAAGUAACUCCUAGAACGAGGUGCUGCAGCAAACAGCUUCCAGUUUAGUGAACAACGACAAGUGUCAAAUGUUUUGGUUUAAGUUUUUUUUUUCACUUCUGCAGGCAGGUAUAUCAAGAGGAGUGGCGAGCACCUCUCAUUUAUGUCGUUCAGACAAAAGUUUCAAUCCAAUUUAGCAUGUAAAUACUUCAUGGAUUUAAAUCUUAAGUUAAAUCUCAUGUUUGUGUGCAUUUAUUUGUCACAUCAUCCCAUGCCUCUAAAAGUUAGUCAUAUAAAAAUUUUUUUAUAACUUUUUUCAUGAAUUUUUCAAAACUUUUUACUUAACAAAAUUACAGUAACUUGUUGUUUAAUUAGAUAAUUUUUCUCAUAAUUUUAAAGAACUGUGUAUAGACAACCAGCCUGAAAAUUUUCUUAGCUCUUUUCAUUAGAUAAGGAGUUAUUAAUAUGACAAAAUGUGAAACUACAUGAGAAAGAAGUAGAAGUAGUAUUUCUUUGUAGAAAAGUGGAUAGUGAAUGAAAAGCAGGAAAGCUAAAUUUAUAAUUGCCUAUUAUAAUCGCUUGCUUUCUUUAGAUAGGUAAAAUUCAGCACUUUCUACUGGUGAGAUGCAUGCCUUAUUUUACAGAUUGAGUUUUGAUGUUAAAAACAUGAUCUAUGAAAGUAGUCCACUUAGCAACAUCAAUGAAAUAAAGUAUUUUUUAAGGUGUUUUAAAUUUAGGAAAGCCCAAAUCCUGUACAUUUGAUGCAAUAUGUUAAAUAAAGACAAGCAUCCUAGUACAUUUUACUUUUUCCAUAUAAAAGAAAUUAUGUUUCCUUGAGCAUACUUAAUAAAAUUCAUUCCAGUUUCAAAAAGUAUUGCUAUUCAAAAUUACUUAGACAGGAAAGAUUCAUCCAUAAAACUUGUGUUAUAUCUAGCAUAACAUUUGUGUUAAAUUCCAUGCAGUCUAAGGAUAACUUUUAAAGCAUGAACAAGAAGCAUGUACUGUCUGGUGUUACUGAACAUCUAGCAGUGUCAGGAAAUAAGAAAUGAAAAAUUAGUUUCCUUAAUAGUGUCAUUUAAGUAGUAGCGUGAAAGGCAAUAACAAAAAUUUAUUAGACAAGUUUCUAGACAUCAACAGACACAGCUUUUUCAUGCUGGAAUUCGGUUGUUUCAGUUUAGAAGCCAAAAUAUUUAUCCAGUGAUCUCUAUAAGAGUACUUUUUGUAUGGGCCUAUUGUACAUUCUGGGGUUAUUUAGAUCUUACUGCUGUAACAACUUCAAAAUCAGUUUACUUUCCUCAGUUUUAGCUAUAAUCAUGACACGUCCAGUCAUUUUGGUCAUUUAGUUAAUUCUGUCAGCUGUGAUAAGACAUCUUAGUGAAUUGUGGCAUAUUUGCUGCUUUUUUGCAACUCGAGAUUUUCUGACUGCAUUUCACUGCUGUAGAGUCUAUGUGAUAUUUAAUGUUAUUUACGAUCAAGUGAUUUUGAUUUUGUUCUUUAAACAAUGCAAAUGAUUUGUACAGCACUUUCCAAUCUUAGAACGACAAUAUAAUUUGCUUGUAUAGUUUUUUGGUUAGUUACACUGUCUGGCAUUUUUUGCUGUGGCUUGUUAUAUUAUGAGCUAUAACUAAAAGGUUAGAAAUUAGCUUUAUUUAAAUGGAAUUGAAUAUUUUACAGUGUGAGCACAAUAUCUGUUUGAGACAGCAACUGCUAAAUCAUAGAAUAUGAGAUGGUUCUAUUACUAUAAUUGAUUUUAUCUGUACCUGACAGGGACUCCUGAUUAUCUCCAAUUUUACAAAAAGAUGGAGAAAGUGUAAUGACAUAAAAGAUCUUUGAAAAUUUUGUGCCAAGGCUAAUUAAUAGUCCACACUGGGUUGAAAGCUGAAUUUAUAAACAAUAAACCAAGUCCAGAGCUGGUGCCCUUAGUGUCAAGUAAUGAGGAUCUCUCACUGUCAAGCAGAACUACACUUUAACAAUUUUGUUAUGUUUAAUAUGAACCAUGGAUCACAGCAGUGUGCCAAGUAAUAUUUUGAUAUCAGAUGUUCUCGUAUGUAUCAUCUACAAACAGCAGAAGAACCUGUAGUGACUUGAAUUUGUAUACUUUAAAAUGGAUAGUUUGCCUGGGCUUUGAGAAGAAUAUGUAGAUUGGAAUGAAAAUGAGUUUAUGCAUGUAAUUUCAUCUCUUUUUCUAUUUAUUCUUUAGCCUAAGGUUUACUUACUUCAUAACAAAUUUGACUUAUUACAUUGAAAAUGUAUCCAGUGAUGUAUGGCAUUCAAUAAGACUUGGUAAAUAUGAGCUCCUUUUGGGAGCCAACCUCUGCUAAGCAGUGACAUUUUUCCUUGUUUACAAGAUCAUGGGAAGUCACUUUGCAUGUGUGGUAAGGUUUUCCUUGAGACUUGUAAACUGACUGUAAAAAAAAGCUUCAUCGAUAGAACAUGCUAUAGACCUAAAUUUUUUUUUUUUUCCUUCUCAUAGCUCAUCAUUUUCUGUGUAAAGUGCAUUUUCAGGAUGUCCUAUAUAAUGCAGGCAAACAUGCUCACCCUUUCCAGCAGGCAUUAUCCAUAUUCUGCUGUACGAAAUUUAUAAAAAAGACAAACAUUGUGAAAUGAGAUUUCUUAUUUUUGUUCAGUUUCAUGCACUUUUUUUUAAAUAGAUUUUUCUCUAUAAUGAAAAAUGAGUGAGCAUCUGCUCCACCCUUUUAAGUCACUGCAUUUAUUUGGGAACUUGUGGGAAAAAAAGACAAGGCAUUUCACAUGCCAAAGCAUUUUUUGCUGGGUUUAAUGUAUUCAAAAAUUAUUUUAUAAAUUUAAGGUCUUUGAUUUUUUUUUAAUGCUAUCAGGACUCUAAUUUUUUUUAAAAUGCAAAUGGGAAAACUACGCAUUGGAAAAAGCAAAUAAAGCACAAACUAGGAUCAGGUUUGAAUGACACAAGGGAGUCAGGGGUUGGGGGGGGGGGGGGGAAGAGGAGGAGAUCAUUCCCAACAAGUCCUACUAGCAAUUCAGAAAUCGAAUUUUCUCCAUUUUUUUUAUUUUGCUUCAUCGGCACCUUAAACUGCUGUAAUGUCUGCAGCAGUAUAUAUAUUUUUGUUGUUUAAAGUUUUGUUUUACAUACAAAUCAUGUUUAUCCACUCACUGUUCAUGAACAAAGUAGUUGCAAAAAUCUGGCAUCCAGAUAAAUAAAGCAUACUUUCUUUGGCAUUUGU